AUGGGCUCGCGUCUGGAGCAGAAGUCAUCCCUUGUCCGGAAGCGGAUCGAAGGACAUACAUUCGACGACGAAGGAGGUGAUGAGUAUGAGGGGUCCAAGUUCGGAGGCUUCCCAGAGUACUUCCGACGCAAGAAGAUCAAACUCCAAAAUAAAGAUGCGGACCUGCGGGCCAAAUCGAAGGAGAUCCCACCCAUCUUCAAAGGCGUUGUCUGUCACGUCAACGGCUAUACCCAGCCAAGCUUGAACGACCUGCACACUAUGACUGUCCAGUAUGGAGGUGGCUUCAUUCAGUAUCUGGAUGGGAAGACCAUGGUUACACAUAUCAUUGCGAGCAAUCUUACGCCGAAGAAGAAAGAAGAAUUUCGUCGCUAUCGGAUCGUCAAGCCUGCCUGGAUCGUUGACAGUAUCGCUGCUGGGAAACUACUGCCAUGGGAUGCCUAUCGUGUUGUGGAUGAAGGCGUCGGUCAGAGAGUGCUCGGUUUCGACAAUGGCCAAGUCGUCAGUCAAGCAGCCAAGCGAGCGCAAGGUUAUCGAGAGCAGACCGAGACCAGUUGGUAUACGAGCCAACUACGAUCUCAGGGCAGUCAGAAGAAGCCACCAAAGUUGGUGCAGACCAUCACUCCGUCAGACGAUAUCGAAGAUGACGACGACUAUGGACUGCCAGAGAUCACAAGCUCGAUCGAGCAAGCGCUAGAUGAUUCUGAGCAGAGUGUAUAUCCGCGAGAGCCCUCAGAACCGCGUGUAAGUACGUCUUCGUCAGCCGCGGCAGUAAGUGCACUACAGACGCCUCCUCCAAGCAGCCAGCCACCGGAGGCUGUCACCGACUCGGAGACAAUCGAAGGGCCCGACGAAGUGGCAGUCACUGCAGCAGAUGCACCCCAGUCUGAUGCUGGCCCAGCACUGCAACCACGACAGGGCUCCCAGGAACCGGACUUUUCGCACAAGGUAGUUCGUGAUUCUGCAGUGUUCAAGAAUAUUUCACCCACGAAGCUCGCCGGUAUGACUGCUGAGGAGCACAAUGCUUUGCUACUGAGUGAUCCCAAUAUCAGAAAGUCCACAGUGGUGCACCCAGACUUCCUGGAGCAGUACUACCGAGAAUCGCGCUUGCAUCACCUGUCUACCUGGAAGGCAGACCUCAAGUCACAGCUCCAAGCUCUGGCGGCGAAACAAACAGCGUCGCAAAAGGCCCAACCCAAGAAAGUACCCGGUCAAAGGCGGUACAUCAUGCAUGUCGACUUCGAUAGCUUCUUCGCGGCAGUAUCGCUCAAGAAGCAUCCACAGUACAAGGAUAAACCAGCAGUCGUUGCUCACGGUGGAGGUUCUGGCUCGGAGAUCGCAAGCUGCAAUUAUCCUGCCCGCAAGUUCGGCAUCAGUAACGGCAUGUGGAUGAAACGUGCACAGCAGCUGUGUCCGGAGCUCAAGAUACUGCCGUACGACUUCCCGGGUUACGAGGCGGCGAGCAGGAUCUUCUACGACGCUAUCAUGGCUACUGGUGGCGUUGUGCAAAGUGUCAGCAUCGACGAGGCGCUUGUGGAUAUCAGUGCCAUAUGCAUCGCUGAAAGUGGAUCGAAUGGCGUGCAGCGUAAUGAAGGUGCCGUGCAUCGUGAGCAGGCCAAAGCAGACGAGUUCGGGCAAAAGAUACGGGAUGAAGUGCUGACGAAGACUGGCUGCGCUGUCUCAGUCGGAAUUGGUGCAAAUAUCCUGCAAGCCAAAGUGGCAUUACGAAAAGCGAAACCAGCUGGUCAAUACCAGCUCAAACCUGAGGACGUUCUUGACUUUAUUGGUCAGCUCGAAGUUACGAAGCUACCUGGCGUCGCCUACAGUAUAGGCGGCAAGCUUGAGGAUAUUGGUGUCAAGCUAGUCAAGGACAUCCUCGAAAUCACAAAGGAGAAACUCAUCAACACUUUGGGGCCAAAGACAGGCGAGAAGGUGUGGGAGUACGCUCGUGGCAUCGAUAAGACUGAAGUCGGCGAUCAGGUGACUCGCAAGUCAGUCUCUGCAGAAGUCAACUGGGGGGUCCGCUUCGAGAAUCAAGACCAAGCAGACGAGUUUCUUCGUAACCUGAGCGCCGAGCUCUGUAAAAGACUGUUGAAAGAGCAUGCCAAGGGUUCGCAUCUGAAUCUGAAGAUCAUGAAACGGGCCGCCGAUGCUCCUCUCGAUCCACCAAAGCAUCUCGGGCAUGGCAAGUGCGACACGUUCAACAAGGGACUGCAGCUAGGCAUGGCAACCAACGAUCCCGCUGUCAUUGCCAAAGAGACCGUGGCAGCUCUCAGGUCCAUGUCGAUAUCACCCGGCGAACUUCGUGGCAUCGGCAUGCAAAUGUCGAAACUCGUCCCUAUCAAGCAAGGGUCCGAUGGUAUUGACCAGGCAAGCCAGCGAAAACUGCAAUUCAAGGUCGGUCAGCCUGCGAAGACGGUUGAGGAGAAGCCACCUUCACUUCCGACGCGGCCUUCUGCCGAUGAUCCAAUACAGGAUGACGUCCAGACCCCUGAAAAGCAGCGGAUCCCGAGCGCGAACCAGCCGAGCGCAGUGUUCAGACCAGUCGAUCCUGGCACACCCACGAAGAACCCUCUCAAUAUCUUGGGAACACAAUUCAUACUUCCCAGUCAGGUCGACCCAGCGGUCUUGGCAGAGCUUCCUGACGACAUCAGAGCCAAGCUGAUCAAGCAUACAACUCCUAGCAACGACAAGAAGGCAUCUGAGGCAAUACGACAAAGUGAACCCAAAACAGCAUCUCGAGCGCAAUCACCAGCUGGCUUUGUCCCACCGCAGUCACAGCUUGACCCAAGUAUAUUGGAAGCAUUGCCACAAGAUGUACGUGCCGAAGUGCUGGGGUUCUACACGUCACCCUCCAACCGUGCCGAAAAGCGCGGAGAACAAGCCUUGUUGCCACAAUCACCACGCAAGCUCCGGACUCUGCCACCGUUGCGACAAGCGCCGCCCAAGCGCGGACGAGGCCGACCACGUGGUAGCAAGAACAUCAGCAGCUUGUCUCGCAAUCCUGCUCGUGAUUCCGAAGCAUCUACUUUGACACAGUCAAACUUUGUUGCCAGACCUCAGCGACCUGACGAGACCACAGGGACCGACACCGAGCCGGAAGCAGAAGAGCUCGACCCUGAAGUGCUUGCUGCGUUGCCCGAAGACCUUCGUCAGGAAGUCAUUGCACAGCAACGCCAAGCUCGCUUGCAAAGAACUGGCGGAAUCGACUUGUCGCUCCAUCAACAUGCGAAGAAUGCUCGACGGAAGAAAGGCGAAGUUGUAGGGCCACUGGAUCGGUGCUUUACUCUGCCAGCUCGACCUGCAAUGCCCACGUUCACUGCCAACAAGCUGACAGAUAUUUCCGGUCUACGCAACACAAUCUCCGCAUGGUUUCGGGAGUUCAACGACGAAGGACCGUAUGUGGAGGAUGUUGAUGCACUAAUCAAAUAUCUCAGCGAUGUGGUGAUUGAAGAGCACGAUCUGGGCAAGGCGGUCGCUGUGGUGAAGUGGAUGAACUGGGUCAUUGAUGAUGCGGAAGAUGUCUCCGACGAUGUUAUCACUGCUUGGAAAGAGGCGUCAACGAGGACAAGGAACAGUGUUCAGGAUGCCGCUGAUGCGAGGCAACUUGGGAAGGUGAAAUUUGAUUAG